CCUCCUCCUCCUCCUUCUCCAACUCCGGCGAGCUUAGAGAGAGAGAGACAGAGUAGUUGAGAAGGAGGAGGACAUGGGCUCCACCGCCGCCGACAUGGCCGCGGCGACCGACGAGGAGGCGUGCAUGUACGCGCUGCAGCUGGCGUCGUCGUCGAUCCUGCCGAUGACGCUCAAGAACGCGAUCGAGCUGGGCCUGCUGGACACGCUGCAGGCGGCCGGGGGGAAGCUGCUGACGCCGGAGGAGGUGGCCGGCAAGCUGCCGUCCACGGCGAACCCGGCGGCGGCGGACAUGGUGGACCGCAUCCUCCGGCUGCUGUCGUCGUACAGCGUGGUGCGGUGCGAGAUGCAGGAGGGCGACGACGGCAAGCUCUCCCGCCGCUACGCCUCCACCCCGGUGUGCAAGUGGCUCACCCCCAACGAGGACGGCGUCUCCAUGGCCGCCCUCGCCCUCAUGAACCAGGACAAGAUCCUCAUGGAGAGCUGGUACUAUUUGAAGGACGCGGUGCUGGACGGCGGGAUCCCGUUCAACAAGGCGUACGGGAUGACGGCGUUCGAGUACCACGGCAAGGACGCGCGCUUCAACCGCGUCUUCAACGAGGGCAUGAAGAACCACUCCGUCAUCAUCACCAAGAAGCUCCUCGAGUUCUACACGGGGUUCGACGGCGUCUCCACGCUCGUCGACGUCGGCGGCGGCGUCGGCGCCACCGUGCACGCCAUCACCUCCCGCUACCCACACAUCCGCGGGAUCAACUACGACCUCCCGCACGUCAUCUCCGAGGCGCCGCCGUUCCCGGGCGUGGAGCACGUCGGCGGCGACAUGUUCGCCUCGGUCCCCGGCGGCGCCGACGCCAUCCUCAUGAAGUGGAUCCUCCACGACUGGAGCGACGAGCACUGCGCCAGGCUGCUCAAGAACUGCUACGACGCGCUGCCGCCGCACGGCAAGGUGAUCGUCGUCGAGUGCGUGCUGCCGGAGAACCCCGACGCCACGCCCAGGGCGCAGGGGGUGUUCCACGUCGACAUGAUCAUGCUCGCCCACAACCCCGGCGGCAAGGAGAGGUACGAGAGGGAGUUCCGGGACCUCGCCGUCGCCGCCGGCUUCACCGGCUUCAAGGCCACCUACAUCUACGCCAACUCUUGGACCAUCGAGUUCACCAAGUAACUGAAACUGCAUCCUCGCCAUGGAAUGAAUGCCCAUCGAGCUCGAGCUCAAGUCGUCUUCUUGUCGUCGUCGUCUUCUUCCUCCGUUCCUCCUUCCUCGAGCGUGUGAUGUGAGAUGUUCAUGUCUGUUCUUGCUUCGACGUACGUGCUUAUGUAACUUUUGGUGUUUAAUUGCUCUGCUGGAUUAUUCUGCAUGAGUUCUAAUGGAUGGAAUAUGUACUCUCUCAUGUCUGCUCUUCGAAUAUAUAUAUAUAUACACACACUACUAUAUUUACUAUC